ACCGAUAUGGGACACCGGAGGGGUGGAGGAUAGGCUACGGUGUAGAACAUAUAUGCUAGACUAAACAAAUGAAAGCUGGACGAAGGUUCUGCUAUGUAAAGAACAGCGCCGGGAUACAAUAGAAGUGAACCUCGGGUUUUUUCUUUAAGAUCCGUUAGCGGGGCGCUAGUUAGCUGUCAUCAAGGGUGGACUGACUGGAGUUGGUUUAAUUUGAAAGCUCCAGACCGUUUAUUUAAUUAUAACAUCACAGUUUUAACGUUAUAUUGUAUACUUCAUUUGUAUAAUAUUAUAUAUUUUUUAUUUUAUUGUAUAAUAUACUUGGGGUUAACUGCUGUGCUAACUAUGCUAACUCCCCUAGUAGCUGAAUGCUGAUGUCAACAAUGUUAUUCACGGAUAACCUCGUCUGAUUUGAUACACCGGUAUUACGUGAUAUUAUUUAAACUAUCACUGAAAAAACGAAUACAAAUAUAUAAAGGGUUUGCUAUUAACUGUAAAUCAACCAUAAGCCAAGAGCAAGCUUUUGGACUCACAAACUUUCUGCCAAGCCAUGUCGCACCUGACCUCACUCACCCAUGCUCUAGCUACCUAGCCUGCAUAAAGGCUAGCAGGCUUAAUUAGGCUGUGUAUUGUAUGAGUGUGAGAGUGUGUGUGUGUGUCUGUGUGUGGAAGGAACAAGGAGAAAAUGGGAUUCGGAAAAGAUCUUCGGAAUUCCCAUGAAGGCCUCCUUAAACUCCAGGACUGGGAGCUGAAGCUGCUUGAGACGGUGAAGCGCUUCAUGACGCUGCGCGUGAAGAGUGACAAGGAGUAUGCCGCCAUGCUGCUCAAUCUGAGCCGGCAGACAGAGAACCAGAACCCGGACUACAGCAGCACUGUCAGCCAGUCAUGGACCCAGCUGGUGAAGCAGACGGAGGAGCUGGGGCGCGUCAUGCGGGGCCAUGCGGACGAUGUCAACUCUGGGCCGCUCCAUCGCCUAGCCACGCUGAUCCGGGACAAGCAGCAGGUUAAGAGGAGCUACCAGACCCUCCACACCACCCUGGACAGCGAGCGCAGCAAGGUCACAAAGGCCGAUCUGGAGAAGCUGAAGGCUACGUAUCGUCAGCUUACGAGAGAGGCCCACAGCGCGAAAGAAAAGUACAAGGAAGCCAUGGUCAAAGGCAAAGAGGCGGAGCGUGCUCGUGAGCGCUACGACAAGGCUACCGCCAAGCUGCACAACCUCCACAACCAGUACGUGCUGGCGGUGCGCACCGCGCGGCUCCACCAGGAGCACCACCGCUGCCACGCCCUGCCCCGCCUCCUGGACUCCCUGCAGAGGAUGCAGGAGGACAUGACCGGUGCACUGAAGUGGAUUCUGGAGGACUACAGCCAGAUUAGCAGCCUUCUUGGGGAGGAAAUGGUUCGUGUUCACCAGGAAAUCCAGGAUGCCAUCCAGAGCAUCGACCCAGUCGCCGAGUACCAGUACUACGCUCAAUCCCACAGGACCCCUGAGCCAGAAGAAGCCGAUGUGGAGUUUGAUGCGUCUCUUUUGGAAGACACAGAGAACAUGGCAGCCAAUGAGAUCCUGUGGAACAAUCUGACCGCCGAAAACCUCCAGGCCCUGUUGUCGUCGGGGACUGUGGAGCUAGCACUGACACAGGAGAGCCUGAGCAGUAAAGAGGCCCUGCUCUCCGACCUGGAGGCCAAGCUGCAGGAGUCGACUCAAAGCUGCCAGAAGAAGAGCGACGGGGUGCUGUUGCUCGGCCAGCGGCUGUCGGUGGAGGAGCUCCGUCAGGCCGUCCAGGCCCUGCGCUGCUCUGAGGAGAAACUGCUUUCCCAGAAAUCGCUGCUUGAAGAGAAGCUGAUUUCCCCUGGGAACAGUGGCCCUGGCAACAGUGAUGCCCCGCCCCUGCCCCCAGUUGUCCCGCCCCCAACUCUCAAUUACGAGGACGAUGCCCAGUCCGUUGGCUCCACGGACAAAGGUAAAGAUCGUAUCUCUAAGUUUGACACACUACGCCACUCUCUGGCUGGGAUGAUCCGCUCUCCCAAAUCUGUCCUCUCCUCCUCAUCUUCGCAGUUCUUCGACGUGAUCGGGCCGGCCACCUCCUCGUCGUGCCCCACGGGGGGGCUGGGGUCGGGGUCGGGCGGGGCCGAGCGGCCCCUGGUGGAGCUGGACUGGUACCACGGGGCGGUGCCGCGGGCAGAGGCCCAGGACCUGCUGCGGCUUCACGGAGACUUCCUGGUCAGAGAGUCUCAUGGGAAACCAGGAGAGUACGUCCUGUCGGUGUACUGGGAGGCCACGAGGCGCCACUUCAUCAUCCAGUACGCCGAGAACCAGUAUCGGUUUGAAGGGACCGGGUUUCCCAGCAUCCCGCAGCUCAUUGAUCAUCACUUCAGCACAAAGCAGGUGAUCACCAAGAAGUCCGGAGUCAUCCUACACACCCCUGUUCUCAAGGAUAAAAAAUGGAUUUUAAAUCACGAAGAUGUGGUUUUGGGCGAACUGUUGGGCAAGGGUAACUUUGGGGAGGUGUUUAAAGGCACUCUGCAGCGAGACAAGAUGGCCGUGGCUGUAAAGACCUGUAAAGAAGAUUUACCUCAAGAGCUGAAGAUCAAGUUCCUGUCAGAGGCCAGGAUCCUUAAGCAGUACGAACAUCCCAACAUUGUUCGUCUGAUCGGAGUGUGCACGCAACGGCAGCCUAUCUACAUAGUGAUGGAGCUAGUACCAGGUGGGGACUUCUUGUCAUUCCUGAGGAAGAAGAGGGAUGAGCUGAAGACAAAGCAGCUCGUCAAGUUUGCUCUGGAUGCUGCCGCAGGGAUGGCUUAUCUGCAAGCCAACAACUGUAUACACAGGGAUCUGGCAGCCAGGAACUGCUUGGUUGGGGCAGAGGGGGGCGGGGUUGGUGGGGGUGGGCGAAGCUUCAGUGGAGGAAGUGGGCGAGACAUCCUGAAGAUUAGUGACUUUGGGAUGUCCCGUCAGGAAGACGACGGAGUUUACUCUUCCUCUGGCCUCAAGCAGAUCCCCAUCAAGUGGACCGCCCCCGAAGCCCUUAACUACGGGCGGUACAGCUCAGAGAGUGACGUGUGGAGCUUCGGUGUGUUGCUAUGGGAGACCUUCAGCCUGGGGGUGUGUCCUUACCCCGGCAUGACCAACCAGCAGGCGAGGGAGCAGGUUGAGAAAGGCUACAGGAUGUCCCGCCCUGAGCGUUGCCCUGACGACGUGUUCCGCAUGAUCGAGAGAUGUUGGCGCUACAGUGCCGAGGAGCGACCCAAUUUCUCUGAGCUGCAGCGGGACCUGGCCGCCAUCAAGAAGAAGUGAUGGACCCCAACACCCCUCACACCGAUUCACCUUCUCUGAGCUGCAGCCGGACCUCGCCGCCAUCAAGAAGAAGAGAUGGAGCCCUGAACUCUGAGCUGUUUCGGGACCUCACGGCUAUUCAGAAGUAAAGGACCCCUGAACUAAACCCAGCCUCUGACCCCCUCCCACCUCUACUGACACUUUGAGUGAAUAACACAAAACACAAGCUAACAGGAUCACUGGUGUCAGCCGCAAACUGUUAGCCACUAGCUUUAGAUGCUAGCUGUUAGCCACUAGUUUCUAGCUGCUAGCUUCAAGUCACUUGCUGUUGUUAAGUAAAGGUAAUGAGGGAUAUUGGAGGUUAUCUGAAGAUUGGAAAAUAAUAUACAGUCCUUGGAUUUGUAUAUACUACAAAAUGAUAGUAAAGAUGAACCUAACUAACGAAUGAAACACAUGUAAUCACCACAAUCGAAAGAUAAACACUUAAAAGGCUAAUGUAGGGUGAGGAAGGAAUGAGGGGCAUCAAUGAUGCACCCUCAUGUUUCCAGAGCUCCGGAGAGCAGGCCCUAGCAGGUAGUUGCUAGAGACAAUUUUGAAAAAAAAAAAGAUGAAUAUAUCGAGGGAGAUAAAACUAGGAACAAUGCUAGGAACAAAAUACAGCUUUUGAUUAUCUUACUACACCCUCAAACAACACUCACUAGCUGUUAGCCACUAGUUGUUUGGAGCCAACUGUUAGCCGCUAGCCACUUCAGGGAAACACAAGCUUAUAUGAAGAGCAAAGAAAAAACCUUGGAGGAAGACCUCCAUUUGACUUUGAUCAAAAUAAUUAUUGCAAUAGUAGUUAUAUUUAGUACUUCCUUUAACUAAAUUUACUUAAGAACUUCGUUUCAUUGAAACUACUAAAGUACUUCCGUUAACUGACACUACUAAAGUACUGAAUUUAAUUGAAACUACAAAAUUACUUCCUUUAACUGAAGGUGGGAAUAUGUUAAAAGUAUUGCCCUUGGACAGAAGGAUUUACUGUCUGAUGAGAGGCUUGGCUUGAUAAGGAAGGCAACCAUAGCUAGCCGCUGUGGCAGCUUAAGUAAUGAAGUGGGCAUGCUGUUACUUCUGCUGACAAACCUCUCCAGGAAGGACAAACUUUUGCUCCCUGUCCUGGGCUCACUACACUACCAAGUUUGGUAGCACAGAUCUUUGAUUGGGGACUUCCGCAAGCUGGUGAGCUACCAAUACUGGUUUCUCCAGCAUUCUCCCAACAGUUUUUUAUAAGUUUUGUAUUUUCUGAUUGUUUAAGUAUGGAAGCAUAAAUCUAUCUAACAAACCUUGCCAAAAAUGAUUAGACAUUUUUAACCCUAAAAUGUUGCCAAAUAUUAAUUAAAUGUGGCAAUAUUCUGGCUUUUUUUGCCUUUUGCUAUCCUUCCCAGGGUUAUACAAAAUCAUUGAUCAGUUCAUUGCUCCCCCAGUACAUACCUGGGACCGGUUAGCAUUAUGUAAAUUUCAAUUUCCAGAUUAUGACAAAAUUAAUCAUUACUUGUGUGUAUCCAGAAUAAACCAUGUGAAGAGAAAUUUCCAAAAUGAGAAUUUGGCUUAUUCUAGAAACAUUUGCUGCAGCCUGAUUUUUUUUUUUUUUUUUUUUUUUUUUUUUUUUUUUUUAUACGCCAGUUUCUACAAAUCAAUUGUGAUGAGAAGAAAUGGUUAUCCUGAACAAAAAGGGUUGUAGUAACUGAGUAAAAUAAACUGCAUUUUCGUUUUUGGAAUUCAACUUUUUAAUGUAGGAUAUUCCAGAUAUACACACCUAAAUAGAGUCAUGUUUGAUAUAUCUGGAAGGUGUAUUAAGUUGAGUUGUGGAGCUAAUGCUCAGCCAACCUUGAAUUGACAUCGGUGCCCAUAGGCUUACUGUGUAAGUAAGGGGGUCGCUGAACCGAUGGACAGAAAAGUGGUCUCCCUGCUCUGGUCCAUCCCCCUGGAAGGAACACAAAAUGGGUAAACAACUCUAAAUUGUCAGCUAACCCUGUAAGUGACCUUCUUUUACUGCCUUGCUUUGAGGCCACGUCGCCUUCCCAAUAAACACAACCCAACCCCCUCUAUACCGAACACACACCCUCCCACUGAACACUAACUCUCCCCCCUGACCACACCCCCUCUCAAUCGGCUCAUUAAAUAUGUAACAUUAUAUUUCAGUUAUUUUUUAUUCACGUUGGUUUACUUUGUUUGAUUUGUUUGUUCUUUAAUGUUUAACUAUAUAUUGGGGGGGGGGGGGUUCUACCAUUCAAUAACACUUAUUUAAUUUAAGUGAUUUCAAAGUAAAUGUUUUGCUUCUAACGUGAAUCAUUUUUACAAAAUUUCCAGGAAAACGUGAAAAAAACCGAUUGAAAAAACUACUUUUGCAGUUUUUCUAAUUCUGGGAAAAAAAUGAAUUUUAUAAAGUUUAUAUUUUGUG